UUAGGUAAGGAAGUAAGUUUUGGUCCCUGUCUGUCAACAACAGUAUAUAAUUGCAUUUUAAACUGCGUUUCGUUUGAGAAAUCCUUAGGUAUUAAACUAGAUCUUUUUGUAAACGUUGUCCGCUAUUUUUGUGACGCUAAUUCAUCUUUUAAAACAGACAUUAAUAAGAUAAUUAUAACUAACCUAAAUAAACUUUGUCUCAAAACAUUCGUUCAGUCUAGAUGUACAGAAAUCUAUCAGAAACCAUGUCUAGGUGAGCAGCUCACUAACAGGGGUUGUCAUGGAUCCAGAGGUGUCCCUCAUGCUUCACUGUGAUCCAUCACAGGCUCUUGAAGAACAUCAGAUGCACGUAGAAGUUUCAGACAGAUUCAAUCGUCAGCGUUUUCCUGAAAUCGAGCAGCACAUUGAAGCUAUCUGGACUGACCGAGUGACCAAAGAACCAUGGCUUUUCAAUGGUGCCAAAUUCAGACUGCAUUCAGCGCUGCUCACACUGACAGAAAAUGGACCAAUGGCAGAACAUGCCCUCCAAAACACAACGCACUUACGGCACGAUGAAGGAGAGCACUCUGAAAGCGCUCUCAAGUCCCCGGAGGGAUUAGCAAAAAGCAAGCAACCAUGUGUGGUGAAGUUACAGUUGGGCCUGACCUGUUAUAAAGACUAUCUGGGAACAAACUGGUCACGAGAGGCAGAGAAGCUGCAGAGUCAUGGACGGAACGAGUGUUUGGACCCUCAGGCAUUUCUGUCGCAGCCUCUGGGGGUCGGGGCUGUUUUGGCCACUGUGGAUGGAGACGUCGUCCUGCUGAGGAGAAGUCAGAAAGUGGCUGAAGCUGCAGGCCUGUUAGACAUUCCUGGAGGACAUCCAGAGCCGAAGAUGGUGUGCCCGGGGGUCAGUGAGGAGGAUAUUUGUGUUGAGCUUCUGCAGGGUAAAGAGAGAGCCGUUGUCUCUGAGAUCUUCUCCUCGGUGUGUGCAGAGAUCAGUGAUGAGGUGAACGUUCCUGUGUCUUCUCUCAGUAAACCGCUGUUUAUGGGAAUUGCCCUGAACCACACCAGUGCAGGUCGACCCAGUGCUGAGUUUUAUGUUCGGUGCACUUUGACGACGGAGGAAGUGAGAGAUUUCUAUAGACGUGGAGGUCCAGAAGCAAAUGAGUCCACUGAUAUUCUGUUUCUCAGUCGAGCGAAAAUGCUCCAGUUAAACGAGCGCUCCCCCUUGUGGUCAGAGAUGUGUCCUUCUGCAAAGGGGGCAGUUCUGCUCUAUCAGAGGGUGAUGCCUGAAUAAUUCACUUCAUACACACGAGUGUUAUUUUAUGAUUUGCCAACAUUUUGUGUUGUCUAUCAUAUAGUGCUGUUAUGUAAUACAUGAUAUAUUCUAUCUCAGCCCUGUUCCUGAAAGCACAUCAACACACUCUUGAAUGUUUUCUAAUUAAACAAUUAAUUUAACUCACCAUCAGCUUAGUAGACUUGCACUGAAUGGUCCGAAACGGCAGAUAUUCAAACUGUGCUGGUGCCUCAAUGAGCAGGGUUAGGAAACACAACUGGUAUAUAUGUAUAAAUCUAUUCAAAAUAACUGUAAUGUUUUAUUUUGUAUACUGGUGGGCAAGAGGUCACAUUUUCAUAUUUAUACACAAACAUUCAAAGUAUGUAAAGUAUAUUUGCAGACUUUUGUUCUAUGAAAUGUAUUCUUUACAGUGAAUUUGAACAAACCUUUCAUACUGAAUAAAAUAAAAAGUGUUUUAAAUAUAUAAAAGACCACGACCUUUAAUAUAUAGUGCUAAACAUGUUCAUAAAAACACAUUAUUUGACUAUAAAUGUUAGAUUUAUUGGCGGAGCAGUUUUUACAAUAAAUAUAUUUCCUUAGAGAAUCUUCUCUUAGGAUCCACAAUUAGCUAAGUGUGACAAUGAGAAGUAAAUAUCUGUAGAUAGAUUUACACAAUGUUCUGUGUUUAUACAAAUAAGAAGAUAUCAAAAGGUAAGAUUAAAAAAGAAAGAAAGUAUAAAACAGGCAAAACAUAAUCAGUAUCUAUAACUUCUGGUCCAUUUGCUGAGUUGUUGAUCAUACAGACGUGUGUAAAUAAUAAGCAACGUUUUGCUUAAAUAAUUUGUUUUACUUCAUAAACUCAAUCUGGUGUGUUAAAUUGGGGAGACAUACAAAACGUGCAGAGCGAUUGAAAAAAAA